AUGCAGCGAACGCGAGCAACAGAUGGACCGCCUCCGUUUGAAUUCAAAGCGGAUGGAAAUUGCGGUGGCGAAUGGAAAAUAUGGCUGCGUGGGUUUGAAAUCUUCGCCCAAGCAAAUUCGAUGGAGGACGCCGAAGAGAAAUUGAACUGGAUGCUACAUUACGCCGGUGCAAAAGUUCAAUCGGUUUAUUAUUCACUGCCGGAAAAAGAAGUCGUAGAGACCGCACGAAAAGGCCCAUUGGCAACGGGUUAUGUUAAAUCUCAACCACAAGACGAAUAUGAACAAGCGGUGGCGAAACUGUGUGAAUUUUUCGAACCGAAACAGAACAUUUCGUACGAGCGACACGUUUUCAGAAUGUUGACACAAAACAAAGGUGAGCGAAUCGACAUGUUCAUGAUGCGAUUGCGUGAGCAAGCUGAACGCUGCGAUUUUGAUGAGCAGCUCGAUGAAAACAUUCGUGACCAAAUCACGAGCGGCUGUCACUCGGAUGUGUUGCGACGCAAAAUAUUGGAACGAGGUGAUGAAAAGUUGGAACGAAUUGUCAAAAUGGCACGAAUCUUUGAAGCUGUUUCGAAGCAACAGAAAACGUUCGAAAGGGAAGCAACACUCGUACAUACAAGUCCGGUGACAGUUGAUGAACGGAAAGAUGAAAGUGUGUGCAAUAUCAAUACGAAACGUAAAUUUGCAAGUCGUCGAAAUUUGCCGCCGAAGAAAAAUAUGGAUUUUGGUAUUGUGUGUGGCCGAUGCGGUUCGAAAGGUCACAAGGCAUCAGACGAUUGUUGUCCGGCAAAAGGCAAGACAUGCCAUCGUUGUGGCCGCAAGGACCAUUUCUCUCGUUGCUGUUUUCUUCGCGAAUCCGGAGACCAGAAACGCUUCGUUGGAAAAAGAAAGGGCGACACGGCAAAUGAUGAACAGUCGAGCAACAAAGUAAAACGAGAAAAUGUGCAAGCGAUCGAGAUGGAAUCGAAGCCCGAAUACAAAAGUAUUGAAGAUGAGUAUGAGGACAUUUUCAUGGUCGAUUCAGAUGAUGAUGGUGGCGAUUACAACAAAAUGUGGGUAACAAUCGGUGGUAUUGAUGUUGAAGUGAUCGUUGACUCAGGCACAAAGCGAAAUGUCGUCGACAAAGCGUCUUGGUUAGAAUGGAAAACCAAAAAUAUUGUGACCACACAUCGACAGAAUGGAGUUGAUAUCAAUUUCAAAAGUUAUGGGGCGCAUCCAUUGAAGUUCAUAGGAAUGAUUGAAACGGUGGUCAAAACGGCAACGAACGAAAAGUUGGCCAAGUUUUACGUAGCUAAUGAACCGGGACAGAUAUUGCUGGGAUAUGAAACUGCCAAGGCACUUGGAAUACUGAAAAUCGGGGACGAUGUGGAGCCGAAAAAUGCUAUCAAUGUCAAUGUGAUCGAUGAAAAUGAAGUCGACUGUAAACCGCUGGGAAAAAUCAAAGGUGUGACAAUUGACAUUCCAAUCAUACCCGACGUGAAGCCUGUAGCUCAACCAUACCGCCGUGUACCAGUUGCACUAGAGAAAUUGGUUGACGAUCGAAUCGAACAAAUGGCUCGUCAAGGCAUUAUCGAGCAAGUUAGCGGUGUGGCUAAAUGGGUGUCGCCGCUGGUUGUUGCACCAAAGGGUGAAAAUGAUGUCCGCAUCUGUGUCGAUAUGCGGCGCGCCAACUUGGCGGUGGAAAGGGAAAAUCAUCCAUUGCCGACUAUGGACGACUUUUUGCCGCACCUGAGCGAAGCAAAGUGGUUUUCAAAAUUGGACAUUAAGCAAGCAUAUCAUCAGGUUGAAAUUUCGGAAGAAUCACGAGAAAUUACCACUUUCAUGACACGAAAAGGAUUAUUUCGGUACACUCGACUAAUGUUUGGCAUUAACUGUGCGCCAGAGAUUUUUCAGAAACUUAUGGAACAAAUACUAAGUGGAUGUGAAGGUGUACUCGUUUACAUCGAUGAUAUCGUUAUUUAUGCGCCAACGAAAGAGCUCCAUGAUCUACGGCUUCGAAAGGUGCUUGAUCGAAUUCGUGAAUUCAAUAUCACACUGAACAAAAGUAAGUGUAAAUUCGGACGCACGGCAAUUGAUUUCUAUGGCCAUAUUUUAUCGGACGCUGGGAUAAAACCGAAACACAAUAAAGUCAAGGCUGUGCAGGAAUUUCGCGCACCCAAAAACGCCGAGGAGGUUCGUAGUUUCAUUGGACUGGUGAACUAUGUGGGUAAAUUUAUUCCGAAUCUGGCGACUAUUAGCGAGCCGCUUCGCCAACUUACAAAGAGAGGCGUCAGAUUUGAAUGGGGCCGUGAACAACAAUUGGCAUUUGACACAUUCAAAGACAGAUUGACAGAUAAUUUGUUACUUGGAUAUUACAAUGUGAAAUGCCGAACACAACUCAUUGCUGAUGCAAGCCCAGUCGGAUUGGGUGCGGUACUGACACAAUUUCAAAAGGGAGAAAAUCGAGUCAUUGCGUACGCUAGCCGCAGUUUAACUGAACCAGAACUCAAUUAUGCACAAACGGAAAAAGAAGCACUCGCCCUGGUAUGGGCAGUCGAACGAUUUACGUAUUAUUUAUACGGACGUGAGUUUGAACUGGUGACCGAUCAUAAAGCUCUCGAAACACUGUUUGCACCAAGGUCAAAGCCAUGCGCGCGAAUUGAAAGAUGGGUUAUGCGAUUGAUGUCAUACAAGUUUAAAGUGAUCUACAAGCCCGGAAAAACGAACAUUGCCGACCCAUUGUCACGACUAUUGAAACAAAUGAACAUACCAUCAGACAGUGAUGACACAGAGCAAUACAUUCGAUGGAUUGUGGCGUAUGCGGAGCCAAAAGCAAUUAAGUUGGGUGAAAUUUCGGAAGCAUCAACGAAAGACAGCGAAAUUCAAGCAGUCAAACAUGCGCUGUACGAAGGAGAAUGGACAGAUUCGGCAUCGGCAUUCAAGCCAUUCGGGCUGGAGCUAUGUUUUGCUGGUAACAUUUUGUUGCGGGGAACACGGAUUGUGAUGCCACACAUCCUGCGUGAGAAAACACUGGAAUUGGCUCACGAAGGUCACCCCGGCAUGACGGUGAUGAAACGUCGGUUGAGAGCGAAAGUGUGGUGGCCUAAAAUGGACACUCGGAUAGAGGAAUUUGUGAAGAAAUGCCGUGGCUGCUUGCUAGUAAGUGCACCAUCAGCACCCGAACCACUCAGAAGAACGGAAUUGCCUUCGGCACCUUGGCAACACCUGGCAAUUGAUUUUCUUGGCCCAUUGCCAUCAGGUCAUUACAUAUUCGUGGUGAUUGAUUAUUACAGCCGAUUCAAAGAAGUGGAAAUAAUGACGAAAAUUGAUUCAAGCGAAACUAUUAAACGUUUGGAACGCAUUUUUGCUCGCUUUGGAUUGCCAAUUUCCAUACAUGCGGAUAAUGGCCGUCAGCUCGUGAGCGAAGAAUUCAAACAGUAUUGCCGAGUGAAUAACAUUACGCUGAUUAGCACCACACCUUAUUGGCCACAACAAAACGGAGAGGUUGAGCGUCAGAAUCGGUCGUUAUUGAAGCGAUUAUCCAUUUGUCAGAGCGAAAAAGGAAAUUGGCAAGAAGACUUGCAAAAGUACUUACUCAUGUAUCGUUCAACUCCGCACUCGACAACGUUGAAAACACCGGCAGAAUUGAUGUUCAACAGAAAUAUUCGUGAUAAAUUGCCAUCAAUGGAUCAACAUAUCGAAAGAGAAGACAGUGAAGUCAGAGAUCGUGAUGCGGACAUGAAACGAAAGGGAAAAGAGUAUGCCGAUCGCAAGCGAAACGCCAAAGCAAAUGACAUUGAGGAAGGAGAUGAGGUAGUGGUCAAGAGACAGAUUGUAUCGAACAAGCUUGACACUGCUUUCGAGCCAGCAACUCACACAGUAACCAAGCGAAUGGGUUCAGAAGUUAUUGUAGUACAUUCGGGGACGGGAAAGUCAUACCGUCGGAAUGUAGCCCAUGUUAAGAAGAUUCCGGAACGUAUCGAUGUUCCUUCACAGCACUCACCACCAUCAGGCGAAACAUCAUCACAACACGUGCCACAGCCUCAGCUGAUACCGACUCGAACAUCGACACGGAAACGAUCUACACCAAGCUACUAUCAGGACUUUGUACAGCCGAAGCAAUCGAAGUGA